ACGUCGUCUUUCCAACGAAUCGAUCGAUUGAUUUAACAACGAUCGUCACGCGUUUUAACUUUUAUAUAUAAUAACCAUUAUUAUCUAAUAUUGUGAUAGAUAAUAGAUAAAUAGAGAAGAACGUUUUAUAAAUCGAAAUUUUUUUCUUUUUCUUUUAUUUCUUUUUUAUCGUUGUAUCAUUUACACUUUCAUAUAUUCUUCUCUCUCUCUCUCUCUCUCUCUCUCUCUCUCUUUCUUUUUUUUCCUUUCUUUUUUUAACUCGCGUGAAGUUACGUAACCAAGAGGAGAGAGAGGUACAAUGAAGUCGAAAACGAGCGAGAGUUUUAUAGCGAGUGAAAGCAACGGGGUCAAGAAGGACCAAGCUGUCGAGGAGACCAAGCAAAAACAGUACAAAAAGGGGAAAACAUUUUGCCAGUCUUGUAAGAAGAAGUGUAGCGGGGAGGUAUUGAGGGUACAGGAUAAAUAUUUUCAUAUAGGUUGUUUCAAGUGUGCUCAGUGCAAUGCUAGUUUAGCACAAGGUGGCUUCUUUGCUCGAGAGGGUUCCUACUAUUGUACGAAGGAUUACCGAGAACGUUGGGGCACGAAAUGUGCUGGGUGCGGAGAAUACGUUGAAGGUGACGUUGUUACAGCUGGAGAGAAGCAUGCCUUUCAUCCAAAUUGUUUUCACUGUCAAAGAUGCAGACAGCCGUUGCUUGGACAAGGAACGAAAGUUUCUCUGGUACAAGGUCAAGCUCUAUGUCAUCGAUGCGUUGGUAUCCCCGUUCGAGAAGCAUCGACGCCAGUGGGGAAUAGCGGUGGUGGUACUCGAGGAUCCAGCGAUGCCACGACUGACCCUGGUGCUUGUGCCGGCUGCGGAAACCAAUUGCGAGAAGGUCAAGCUUUGGUCGCUCUCGAUCGUCAAUGGCACGUUUGGUGCUUCAAAUGUCAUAGCUGCGACACCGUUCUACAUGGCGAAUAUAUGGGGAAAGACGGCGUGCCUUAUUGCGAGAAGGAUUAUCAGAAACAAUUUGGCGUGAAGUGUGCGUAUUGUAAUCGUUACAUAAGCGGCAAGGUUCUACAGGCCGGUGAUAAUCAUCAUUUUCAUCCGACCUGCGCUCGUUGUACGAAAUGCGGUGAUCCGUUUGGCGACGGAGAAGAGAUGUAUCUGCAAGGUGCGGCAAUCUGGCAUCCUCGUUGCGGUCCAGGACCAACCGGACCGAACGGUAUAGUCAAUGGACACGGAGAAGGUGCACAUACUCCGCAACACAGAGAAUCCGAACGAAUUUCCAGUAGCGCCUCGGAAAUGCAGUUUUCAUUGCGGUCACGCACGCCAAGCCUGAACGGAUCACUCUGCAGCCCUUACAGCAGCCUCAGUCGCAAGUAUUAUCCUGCACGAACCGGCAGUCCUGGAUUGAUCCUGAGAGAAUACGGUCGAGGGGGACACGAGGAUGUAUCUAGGAUUUACACUUAUUCUUACUUGACUGAAACGCCCAGUCAAGGAUAUCUGAGACGUCCGAUACAGCCUUACGACAAACCUCCGACAAGUCCCCACUUUCAUAGACCCAGCUCAUCUCGUUCGAUAAGAAGUAGCGGUGGACGUAGUAGCAGAUCAGGAAUGAGAGCAUUGGUCGAUGCUUUGAGCGAAACUCGGCCAAAGUCGCCUGCUGCUGGAAGUCAGGUUGACAACGACGAGCCAAUAGAAUUGGCACAUUAUCCGGAUGCUAUGAAACCUCCACCUGGUGCUCAACCGCCGAUAGAAAGAGAUGACUUUCCAGCUCCUCCUUAUCCUUAUACCGAUCCCGAAAGACGUAGACGAUGGUCCGAUACUUACAAGGGGGUACCCGCAUCAGAUGACGAGGAUGAGGUAGACAACAAGACGUACAUCAAAGAGGUGGAGCAAAAGUUGAAGAAAGAGCAGGAUGAGUUGAGUAAGAUCGAUACGGGAAUAGCGAAGGUGUUUCUACAGGAUCGCGAAAAGGAUCGAGAGAAUUUGAGACACAAAGCUGCCAACGUUGAUCCAAGAAAUGCUUCGAGGACGCCAUCGGCCGCGAGAGAACCAACCUAUAGGCUGCGAUACGAGAGUCCCGUUGGAGCAUCGCCAUCGAGAAACAUAGAUCAUGCACGACCAUGGGAAGACGACGAUGGUUUUAGUUACAGAUCGAGUGGGCCUAGUUACAACGUUGGGAGGUCAUCGGCGCGUUCCCCGGCUCCCAGAAACUAUCCACCCCUUGGUACUCAACGCGCCUUCACUCUUCCAAACGCCACUAGGCACUAUCAUUCGAAAGUGCUAAACGACCUUCUUUUUCAUGGAAGAGAAAAGGGUGAUUAUUCGUUCAGUGGGAUGGGAGACAAGACGCACAGCACUGAUUUCUCAUCCGGCAAAUCAGAUAUAUCGACAGGCAGCAUCACGGAUGUGGAUCGACGGGCAUUGGUAUGUACCACAGCCCCAUACUACUCCCGGCAAAUUAGCAUGAAUGAUGGUGGUAUCCUGCCAUCCUCCACCACAUACACGGGUGGCCUAGGUUCAGUGGUGGGAAGUCAUGGUGGUCAUCACGUAAGAAGGUCACUGCCGGAUAUGGGUGCCGCACCAACCGAACCACCGAAGCUUUAUCCUUAUCAUUUACUCGUUAUCACCAAUUAUAGACUGCCGGCUGACGUUGAUCGUUGUAAUCUCGAACGACAUUUGUCCGACGCCGAAUUCGAGGCAGUUCUACAGUGUACUCGAGCUGAAUUCUACAGAUUACCGCAAUGGCGUCGAAACGAGAUAAAAAGGCGUGCGCGGCUCUUUUAACUAUUACCAUUUCUUCUUCGUCUAUACAUCGCAUACGCAUACACACACACGUCAAUGAUAAUGUUUCUUCUAAUCUACAUCGUGUCCGAAUCGUCUGAUAAAGAUCGCUAUCGAUGAUAUGAUACGUAUAUCAGUACAUCUGUAUAUCAUUAAUAGCGAAAGAGGAUCAAAGGUCUUUAGAGAAAAAUCUAUUACUCGUUAUAUGAAUGUAUGAAGGAAAGGAAAGAGAAAAGAAAAGAAGAAAAGAAAAAAAGAAAAAAAAAAACGACAAAAAGAAGAAAAAAGAAAACAAAAAAAUGGGCACGCAUGGAGGAAAGAGCAUGACACGAAAGCACGCACUGCCAUUUCACUCAGUCAAUUUCUUCUCUCAGCAACGAAAUUCUCUCUCGGCAGGCAGCUUUUUUCUCUUCGAUUUAAAUUCAUCCUUCUCGUUAGUAACAUAUUACGCUUUUCGGGAUUCGACGAAACGAUGCGUGAGAGAAUUUAAUCGUCGUUUUAAAUAGAAAUUAUCUAAUCGCUUCAUGUGUCGUGUCGAGUCAUUUUGCAUGGAUUUAAUGUGCCCGUAAUAUACGUCCGAUCGAUUCCUGUUCGUUACAUACAUAAAUACAUACAUUAUCCUCGUUCGUUUCAUCGUGACUCUCUAAAUAUUGAAAACGGUAGAAGGGUAAUUUUACAUAGACACAAAUUUUAUCAUAUAACUAUCCAUUCUAAUGCCCAUUAUUUCGCCGUAACAAUUGCAAUGGCCCAGCGAAUAAUAUGAUAGAGAUGUGCUGAAUUAUUUUAAACAGAUACAAUACGCAUAUUGUAAAUAGUGAAGAAAAGAAAAAAAGAAAAGGAAUAUUGGCACGAGAAAAGAAUGGAAUAUUAGAAGAUACAUCGCUCGGACAAAUAAAAAAUAUAAUAAUAAGAGAAAGAAUAUAAACACACAUACACACGAAACACGCUCAUAAUAUUUGCGACAUGUUACGAUACAAAUUUGCUAUUAUCUAUAAGUUAUAUAUAUAUAUAUAUACAUAUAUAUAUAUGAGCUAUCAUCAUUAUUAUUAAUUUUUAUCUCUUACUAUUACUAUAUUUUAAUAUUAAGCGAAACUUUAAACGUAUAAAGUUAUAGUUAGUUAGGUGGUUCGGCUUGCCGAAAUCGGUGCGAGUGCGUUGAUAUGAGUAAAAUAAAAAAGAAAAAAAAAAUAGAAAACGCAAAUCGAAUAUAGUCUAUGACGUACGAGCUAUAUUAGAUUUUUAACUUGUCAUUGUUUUACAAGAAAGAAAACACAACAACAACAACAAUAAAAUACAUAUAAAAUAUUGCGCGAUAGCGUAGGCAGUGUUCCUGUCGAGAAUUAUAUAUAUAUAAUAUAUACAUAUAUAUAUGUGUAUAUAUAUAUAUAUAUAUAGCGUUUCUUAACGUAUUCUCUAUUAUAUUUUCUAAAGAAGAAGACAUGCUCUAGUAAGGGGACGAAAAGGCACGCGAUAAAUGAGAAUAAACUCGAACUUGAAACCCUUUUGCAUGACUUAGAACGAACGUUCGCUCUACAUUAGAGUGCAAAAUCUUUAAGAGAACAAACUUAAAAUUCAUUCGACAUCGCGUAGCGAGAAGGAAAUCUUUUUACAUCGAACAUAUUCGAAUAAUUCGAAGUCAGCAUCGAUUAUAAUUAAAAAAAAAAAAAAAAAAAAAAAAAAAAAAAA